AUUGUAAUUAUUUAGAUUUCGAAGUUAAGUUAAAUCCCAAUAAAUAAGUUUUGUAUUUCCUCACUCCUGGAAAUUACAAAAUGGUUUUCUGAAAAUGAGCAAGAGGACUAGUUUAACGAAUUAAAGUUAUAGCAUGUUAACCUUUGGACAGUAAAACCGAUUUACUAUGUUUAAUAUUGGUCGAUUAUCUAUAGCAGUUGUGUUGUUUUCUGUAGCUUUAUCAUAUGUGACUCUCUACCUAAUGAAUGCUACUAAAUCAGUUACAACAAUGGCAAACUAUGGCUUACUUUUUGUCUCAAAUGUUUCGAAAGUGAACAACUUUUUCCUGAAGUCCUCCAAUUAUGUGAGGAAGGUGCUGUACAUCAAUGUCAAUUCAUCUGACUGUGGUGCCAUCAGUCAGCAGAUUGUCAAUGUCUAUUCUAAGGUAACAUCACAGUGCAAUAAUUUAGAUGUAAGACUUAUCCUGAAACCAUUUGACAAUAUAAAGAAAAUCAAUACAGCUCAUUCUAUAGACCUCAUACUGUAUGACAAUUCUCUGGCCAAAGAGGUAGACAGAUUAAAGGAGUCAGUUGUUAGCCUGCAAUCUGGAUAUAAUGUGCAAAGCAUAGACCUCAAAGACGAGCAAACUCCCGAGACUGCAACAGAAACAGUUAAAACAUAUGAGUAUGUGGUCCUCGGGGGCACCUUUGACCGGCUCCACAACGGCCACAAGAUACUGCUGUCACAGGCUGCUCUCAGGACCACCAAAUUAUUAACUGUCGGUGUUACUGAUGUCAAUAUGAUCAAAAGUAAAAAGCUGUGGGAAUUAAUUGAGCCAGUAGAAACAAGGAUAAAGUCUGUGCUAGAGUUCUUGACUGAUAUUAACCCCACCAUAGAGUAUAAUGUGCUUCCAAUACAAGAUAUGUACGGGCCCACCAAAGAUGAUCCUAGAUUUCAGUUAAUAGUCCUAAGCGAGGAGACGGACCGGGCCGGGGACAAGGUGAACGAGGCGCGGCGGGAGGGGGGGCUCCCCGCGCUGGACAAGUACCUGGUGGGGCUGGCGGGGGACGCGCGGGCGGCGGGGGACGAGGAGGCCAAGCUCAGCUCCAGCAACCAGCGGAUGAGGCUGCUGGGGACCACGCUGAGAGCACCCGAGCCUAACCCGAAUAUUCCCAAAUGGCCGUACGUGAUAGGCCUGGCGGGCGGGAUAGCGGCGGGCAAGAGCGGUAUAGCGGAGCGGCUCAGAGCGAAAGGCGCGGCGGUGAUCAAUUGUGACGUCAUAGCGCACGAGCUGUACCGGCCGGGCCUGCCGCUGAACACCACCAUCGCUGAGACCUUCGGCAGUGACGUCAUCACGAGCGACGGCGAGGUGGACCGGAGGAAACUGGGGCAGAUCGUGUUUGCCGAUAGUAGCCAGCUCCACAAGCUCAACAGCCUAGUCUGGCCGGCAGUCAUAGCCGAAGCGUCCCGUCGCGCGGCGGCGGCGGGCGCGGCGGGGGCGGCGGGGGGCGCGGCGGGGGCGCGUGUCGCGGUGCUCGAGGCGGCCGUGCUGCUGCAGGCCGGCUGGGGCAAGCACUGCCACCAGCUGUGGACGGCCAUUGUGCCGCCUGAUGAGGCAGUAAAACGCAUAAUGGCGCGCAACGGCCUGCCAGAAGAAGAGGCCAGACAACGCGUGUUAUCUCAACCCUCGAACCAGGAGCAGGUGGCGGCGGCGCACGUCGUGUUCAGCCCGUACUGGAGCCCCGAGCACACGCAGCGGCAGGUCGACCGCGCCUGGGACGACCUGCAGGAGUUGCUCAAGAACAGGGGGGAAUAAUAGAAAGAAUAAAGAUUUAGUAUUGAUGAUAGGGUUAUGGCCCAGUCGAAAUAUGAGGAGGAGACAAAGCAUUGCAGUGAUAUGGAUCGCGCAGAUUGAUGCUACGCAUUUUAUAUGAAACGCAUUGAAAUAAUGUACAUGUGCAGUGUGCCACAGAGGGAUAAAAACACCACGUCUUGUGCCUGGGCGCGGUCGCAAAUGUCACUAGUGUACACGUCCAAUGUGGUUAAUUAAAGUUGUUUGUUAAGUUUAAAUUGUUUACCAAAAUGAUGUUAUUAUAUUUUUAUAAACUGAA